UGACACAAUUCGUCUCUCUCUCUCUCCUGUCAAUUAUCAGUUUCUAUCUUGUUCACUUUUCGUAAACCUGUAGAUUCAAUCCAAUCCCAAUCGCAAUCGUAAUCGCAGUGGCGCCAUCAAUCGAUUCAUCCAUCGACUAAUUAUCUCCACCCGUAGAUCAUGGAGGUUCGACAGGAAGCAACAAUGGAUAAUCUAUCCCCUGAACAACAACAACCUUCAAAUUCAAAGCACCCCAAACCUUCUCCCCUUCCCGUCGAUACUCAUUCCGUCACUCAGAGGCUUCAGAAAGAACUUAUGGCUCUUAUGAUGAGCGGAGAUCUUGGAGUAUCCGCUUUUCCAAAAGGCGAGAGCAUAUUUACAUGGAUCGGUACUAUUGAAGGUGGGAAAGGAACCAUGUACGAGGGUUUAUCGUAUAAACUCUCGUUACAAUUCCCGUUAGAUUACCCUUUCAAACCUCCUCAAGUUAAAUUCGAAACAAUGUGCUUCCAUCCCAAUAUUGAUCAGUUCGGUAACAUCUGUCUAGAUAUCCUUCAGGACAAGUGGUCUGCAGCCUAUGAUUGUCGAACAAUUCUUUUGUCGAUUCAAAGUUUAUUAGGAGAACCGAAUAUUGAAAGUCCUCUCAACAGCUCUGCUGCUUCACUCUGGAGCAAUAAAGAAGAUUACAGAAAAAUGGUACACAAACACUAUGCUGCUGGAGAAACAUGUGAGAGCUGAUAUAAAAAACCGCGGCGAUACUUUUUUAUUAAGACAUUAAAUUAAAGACGAAUUUUAUUUGCGAAAAAUAAAAUCGGACAUCAACCUUUUUGUACAUCAUUAUUGCAACUUAUUAUAGACAUCGUCAUACACAAUAUAAACGCCAAGCUCGAACCAUGCUUAAACGAUCCAUCCUUGUUCGAAAGUAAAGUUUUCUUUAUAAAUAGCUCCGUUUUCAUA